CCGUUGUCGACGGUGGCGAAAAUCAUAUCGGUGGAUUUCAGUUAUCUCGGUACGAUUCGUAGACACCAGUUCUAUGUCGUCGGUUCGGUGAUUUCGAUACAAUUUGCGAGUCGAGUGUACGAGUUUUUAUUUUUCGUCAAAAUCGCGAGUUUGCCCGCGAAGAAAGCUGCGAAUUUGGUUCGGUCUUUGGGCUUUCUAUUUUUCUACUUUCACAACUAUUCGGUCUGGUUCGGUUGCAAACAAGGUGCUAAUUUUUUUCUCGUCGAAAUGUGAUCUUUGUUCGAUUAAGUACCUGUAUCUUCGUUGGGCGAUUUUUUUCGCCUGAUAAGCCCUUCUUUAAUCGCAACGUGUAGUGCACCCUGCUGUAUUUCGUACACGUGAGCCGUUUUUCGUGUUUGUGUGCGUGUCGUAAACGUAUAAUAUAACGUGGUUUUCCCCUUUGUCCCCUUGUUGUCUAAUUUUUUUCAUACCGAUGAAUCGUCUUUUGCUAAUUUUUAUCGUUGAAAUUUCCAUCAAUAACACCUAGGGGUAUUUUUACUAGCGAAGAAAAUCAUCACAUCACCAACGGAGGUGUGUCUAAAUGAUCCGAGCACCUUCGACACUCAAAUCCAGCAUGAAUAUUAUAUUUAUCGUCGCUUUCAGCACGUUCGCCUUCUAUCAUCUCAUAAACGGCGCCCCGAAACCUAGCACAGCUAUCGAUUACGACGAUUGGGACGAUCCGCCAAAAAUUAAAGAAGUAGCAGAAGGCCCGUAUUAUGACCAGUUCGACUAUAACGUUACCAGAAAUUAUACCGUAAUAGCUGGAACGCCGGCCGAAUUAUUGUGCAGAGUUAAAUUAAAACCGACCGAUGGAAAUAAAACGAUAUCUUGGCUGAGGCAUCGCGACUUGCAUUUAUUAACACUCGGUACAAAUACGUACAGCCGUGAUAAGCGUUUCUCGACAGUGCAUCGAUUCCCAGGCAACGACUGGGUCCUACGUAUACAGCAAACGCAAAUAAAUGAUACCGGAAUUUACCAGUGUCAAGUCGGCACCACGCCACCGGUCGGCAUUACCUUCCAUUUAAGCGUCGUUGAGCCGAUAACUUCAAUAAUAGGAGCACCGGACAUCUACAUCAAUAAAGGAAGCAACCUAAAUAUAACUUGUAUAAUAAAGAACUGGCCUAUAAUGGACAAUCCGCAAAGUCCCAGCGAGAAUCAACAAGUGAUUUGGGUACAUGGCAAAAAGGGUAUUAACUACGAUUCGCCUAGAGGAGGUGUUUCUGUCGUUACCGAGAAAAGCAACAAAUUCAGCUCCAGUAGCUUAUUAAUAAUCAACGCGUCCAAAGAAGAUUCCGGUAAAUAUACCUGUAAGCCAGAUUUAGCCAAUCAGACUUCCGUAUUCGUUCACGUAUUACCGGGCGAAACUCCGGCGGCUAUGAAAAACGAUGCGAAAACAAAAGGAACAGCCGAUACUACUUCAAAACCUGAGAUCACAAAGGAAGACAAUGAAGCUUCGACGUUAAAACUCUCCAUACUACUAUUCCUUGUUACCUUCAUUAACGCCAUACCAUAAGCGUUAAUGUAAAACUAUAAUAGAAUAUUUUUUUUUAAAAUAGUUUUUCAAAAAAUAUUUUUUUUUCGA